UGAAGACUUGGAACUCCUCCUCCUCCUCCAUUUCUAACCGGCGAUCCGAUCUCUGAGACGCCGACGCCGAGAUGGGGUUCGUUUCCUUUUCCGGGAGAGUCCUCUUCGCAUCCGUAUUCCUCCUAUCCGUCUACCAGGAGUUUGUUGAAUUUGGAGUCGACGGUGGACCAGCAGCAAAGCUUCUCGCUCCAAAAUAUAAUACUUUUGUAAAUCAUAUCACCUCACAUCUAGGCGUAAAAGUCCCUGAAGUUGAUAUGAAGCAUGUAAUUUCUGCUGCCAUAGCUCUUAAAGGGAUAGGUGGCCUUCUAUUCGUCUUCGGCAGUUCCUUUGGAGCAUAUCUUCUGCUGCUUUACUUGACAUUCGCAACACCCAUCUUGUUCGAUUUCUACAACUACGAUAUUCAAAAGCCAGAAUUUGUAGAACUUUUUUCUAAGUUCACACAGAAUUUGGCUCGCUUCGGUGCAUUGCUCUUCUUCCUAGGCAUGAAGAACUCAAUUCCAAAGAGGCAUACCAAGAGGAAGGCCCCUAAAACAAAGGCAGCUUAAAGGAAAAGAAAACCGGAUGGGUAUAGCAAAAUGGAAGUGCAGUAGGAGUUAGUUUAUAAAACAUUUUCCUAGAUUCAUUCCAAGAACAUCAUUUUGUAGUUGUAAAACUUUUUAUCCCCCAUCUUUCAGUCAUCAGAAGUUUCGAACCUUUGGAUGGCAUUGCCGGUUUAUUUAAUAUUAUGGAUUUCUUUAUGCA